UGAAACGUUAAUCUUUUUGACAAUCCUGGAAAGCCGGUUGUGUUCACGAGCACGCAGAUUCUUUGUUUAUUUUCAUGAAUCGAUUUGGUGUGUUGUCAACAAUUUGCCGCUUUAGUACUUGGGGAAAUCCGUCCAGAACGAUGUCCGGUAAGGCGAAAAGUUCCAAGGGUGGCAAGAAGGAAGCAUCAACCGCAACGACGACAGUUCAACAGGGUCCAGUUUAUUUAGAUGUGAAAACAGGAAACGUUCUCAUAAAGAUUCAAGCGAAGCCGGGAGCUAAAACCAACGGAAUAACGGACAUCGGAGAAGAAGGCGUUGGCGUUCAGAUUGCUGCACCCCCCGUUGACGGCGAAGCGAACACCGAGCUGAUAAAAUACCUGUCGAAGCUUCUGGAGCUACGCAAAAGUGACGUUUCGCUGGACAGAGGUUCAAAGUCGCGCCAGAAGACAGUCGUUUUGGAGAAGGGCUGUCGAACACCGGAACAAGUACUGGACGUUUUUCGGAAGGAGGCAAACGCGUGAUCUCUGGUUGGAUUGUAGUUAUAAUAUAUAUAUUUCCCCUUUCGCUAUGUUUUUUGAAGGUGUGUGUAUGCUGUGUAUAUUUAUAUUCUUUCUGUCGCUCGUCUGAGGAUAAAAUAGUUUUAACAGAUAAUAAACGACAUAACUGAA